CGUGGUCGGUGGUUCCUGACUUCACUCGCAAGCGCUCGUAUCGAAGACGCAGCGAAAUCUGAGCCAGCGGCCGCGCAUGAGGCAUUUCCGAGGCUACUGACCUGGAAUAUGGCUCUCCAAGCACGCCCCGCGAAGCUCCGCCUAUCGGCGCGCGCUCAUUUCGCUGCGCACAGCCCUCCUGUCGCGUUUGCGCUCUUCCUUGCUGGUUAUGCUUCGUUUUCUCGCCUGGCCGCCCGCGGCCGACCCACACUUGGAGGGGACCCACACUUGGAGGGUGACGCCGUCGAGGCGCGACGAUGGUCUGGCGAGGGUCAGCUUCGAGAGUUCCAGCACGCCAUCGACGCGACGUCUCGGUACCCGCGCAGACUCACAUCACCUCGCUCCUCUCCAUCACCAUGGCCCUCGUCGAACCCGAGCUCUUCAUCAAGAUAUUCUGCGUCGUUAUGGGUAUGUACGGCCUCCAGAUGCUCGCCGUGCCGGCGAAGAUGGUCACGGACCACUUCGACGCGCCGGCGACGCCGCUCCUCCAGUUCUGGAUCCGGGGCUCAUCGUGCGCCUUCCUCACGAUCGUCUACCUCGUCAAGUUCAAGCUCGCCACGGAGGACGCCGUCCCCGUCGCCCUGGCCAUGAGCGUCGCGUGCGGCGCGCUCUACCCGUGGAACGCCAAGUUCGGCUACCUCUCGCCCGGCCUGCCGACGAAGUACCCGAUGCACUACGUGCCCGAGGUCCUCAUGUUGGCCUUAUCGUGCCUCGGCAUCGCGGCCAUGAUGUGAGUGAUCAUCCCCUUCCCCACCACCUGUAAU